AUGAGUGGAAGGUUCGUUCGUGCUUCUAAAUAUCGUCAUGUCUUUGGUCAACCUGCCAAGAAAGAGCUUUGUUAUGAAAACAUCAAAGUCACCAAGAACGCUUGGGAUUCCAACCUGAUCAAGACCAACGGAAAAUAUCUUUCUGUUAAUUGGGAUGCUUCCGGAGGAGGUGCGUUUGCGGUCAUUCCAUUGAACGAGGUGGGAAAGGCUCCUGAUCAAGUUCCUCUCUUUCGUGGCCAUACGGCGGCAGUUCUAGACACGGAUUGGAAUCCUUUUAAUGAUUUACAAUUGGUGUCCUCGUCGGAUGAUGGUAAGAUUUCUGUCUGGGAAGUUCCUGAAGACUAUUCUUUUUUCAACUACGUUGAUGAGAAUGGAGAUCCUAAAGAUAUAACUCCUAUCAAGAAGUUAUCUGGUCACACCAGGAAAGUUGGGCACGUCCAAUUCCACCCAAUUGCGGAAGACAUUCUUUUGUCUUCUUCAUUAGACUAUUCUGUCAAAAUAUGGAAUGUGAAAACUGGUGAAAACCUACAGACUUUACAGCACAAGGAUUUAGUUACAUCUUUUGCUGUCAACUGGAAUGGUACUCUGGUAGCUACAACAUCCCGUGAUAAGAAGCUUCGCGUUUGGGAUAUCCGCUCAGCUAAAAUAAUUAGUGAGGGACCAGGACAUACUGGGGCCAAAGCGUCUCGUGUUGUUUGGUUGGGAAACUCUGACAGGAUUGCCACAACAGGGUUUUCCAAGCUUUCAGACCGUCAAAUUGGAGUUUGGAACACUGAAGAUAUUGCAUCCGGUCCAAUUGGGGGAUUUUAUACCAUUGACUUAUCUGCUGGUAUCUUGAUGCCCUUUUUUGAUGCUGAGAACAAGAUUUUGUAUCUUGCUGGUAAAGGAGACGGAAAUAUUCGUUACUAUGAAUUUAGCGAUGAUGAACUAUUCCAGUUGUCUGAAUUUCAUUCGGUAGAACCUCAGCGUGGUUUUGCUGUUGCUCCAAAGAGGACAUGCAGCAUUCAUGAUAAUGAAAUUCUUCGUGCCUUCAAGAGUGUUAACGACAACUAUAUUGAACCAAUCUCGUUUAUUGUUCCAAGAAGAUCUGAAACUUUUCAAGACGAUAUUUACUCUGACUGCCCGGGUGAUAAACCUGCUCUUUCGGCAGACGAAUGGUGGAGCGGAAAGGAAGCAAAGGGCCCCAUUUUGAUUUCCCUCAGAGAUGUGUAUGAAGGUUCAGAGCUCAAUUAUCACGAAUCUACACAAUCUCCUGAGGAUAUCAAGAGGGAAAGAGUUGAGCAUCAAGAAGAAACUUCAGAGGAGGUGAAAAAGCCAACCAAAGUUGAAAGCAAAUCUGUUAGCGUCAAACAAGAGACUUCUCCAGCUCCAGCUUUUUCUAAGACUCAAGAAAAAGGUGUUGAUGAACUUUUGGCUAAGAAAGAGGUUAACACGUUGCUUGACAAGGUUAACAACUUGAGUGACGAUGAGCCUGAAAAACAAGAAGAAGAUGGAGAUUGGGAUGAGGCUCCAAAACGUUCAGCGGAAGCUAGUGAACAACUUAAGAUAGAACCUGAAGUCAAGAAGGAGUCAAAGGUUGUGGAGGAACCAAAAGUGGAACCAAAAAAAGAACCAAAGGUUAAGCAAGAACCAAAGGACAUACCAAAGGUCAAGGAAGAACCAAAAGAGGAACCAAAGAAGGAGGUUAAAACUCAAGAAAAGCCAGACAAGGUUCCCCAAGAGGAGCCAGUAAAGCCAUUGACUGAAGCUCAAGGAUCCCCGAAAAAGACACUCACUUUGAAAGAGACUGUAGAGAAACUGGGUUCUUUAGUCGUUGAUUUGGAGUCCCAAAUCUCAAGAUUAGUGGAAGCAAACUUAGCUAAGGACGAAAAGCUUGAUUUGCUUCAAAAGAAGCUAGAUUCAUUUUUAGAUAAAUAG